AUGCAUGUUUCUACGGCGAUUUCCUCCUCAUUCCAUGAUCCUGACUUCUACUCUCUAAGCAUCUCAGUGAUUGUUAAAGCAAGUAGUGGCCCAAAGUAUGUGGUCAGUUUCAUAACUGAUUCAAUUUUGAUGAGUAAACAGGGUUCGGAUGUUUCAACUAAUCAUCUUUCCGAAUUAGCCCCUGUCAAUAAAGAAAAAUCACGAAAGAUUAAAGGGUUCAGAAAAUCAUCAGAAGUGGCUUUUGUUAUUCUAGCACCUAAAGUCUUCAAAAUCUUGGAGAAACUUGUUCAUGAGUUCCAUGGACAUGGUGGAGAAAUCUUGUCCCUUUCAUGGUCUAGAAAAGGGCUUGCGGAUUUGUGGCCAAAAGGGAGCAUGAACAACCAUGGAAUACGAAAUGCAAUUUGUAGAGCCAAAGAACGUCGAAGAACACUAUUUGGCAUGAAAAGAAGCCUACUGCAGGGCUGGAUAGCAAUCUCCAUGAAGAAGCUGACUUAG